GGCCACACCCCCUCUAUCUCUCUCUCUCUUACUUUCUUUCAUCACACUGGCGGUCUCUCUCACCCCUCCCUCUCUCUUUCUCUCUCUGCUCUCCCGUCACUGUACAGCCGGAUUUAGUGAAAGUAGUCGGCAGAUAGACAGAUGAGAAAGAGAAGCGGAAGCAUGGAUGGAUAGUUUUCUCCUCUUUUUCCAGCAGCUCUAAAGGAAGAUUGGAGAGCGGGAGAGGAGCUGGACUAUGAUCUUAUUCUGGUUUUUUAUUGAUACCAUCUCCCGUCGCAUGGAUAUUAAAACAUCAUGUAAACCAGUAUCUGACCUGAAACCCGUAGCUUGGUGUCAGAGAAGACAGGGAAAAUGUGCUAUGUUCUUCACCCAUGUCUUAUCAGAUGCCACAGAUAAUUGUUAGCACCUUCCAUUUGGCACUGUACGAGUAACGGGAUGGAUUUGUUCUUCCAACGCCAUUUCUGCCGCCGCCAAAAGAGACAGAAGCAUCCUGCUGCAGUGCAUCAGUCGGGUCCUGCUGUUCAGAGCAGUAAAGCCAGGAGGCGCUCUAGUGUCGGUCUGCCCUCAGUAGCAUUAUUACAGUCCAGACGCUCCUCCGUUGGUUUACCUCCAGUACCUGACCAACGUAGGCGCCCCAGUAUUGGCUUACUGGUGGCCAGUGGACAGAAGCGACAGUCAAUUAUAGAGCUAGGAUUAACAAACUCAGUGGGAGAGUCUGGAAGAGGAGGUGAGAGAGCAGAUAUAGCCAUCAAGAGAGGAAGAAGGGGAUCUCCAUAUAAACCUCACCAUGCUCAUGGAGCUCCUGGCACCGCCCCCUGCAUACACCGCGGGCUGGCGGUGCGAUACCGCCGUCCUUCUAAAGUAAAAUCCAUUGAACCUCAUUUACUUGGAUCCUCCAUGUUACUCGCGAGUGUAGUCCAGAUGGGCAGAGGAGGUAAAGAGAAGGAAGAGGAUGAACCUGAUGGCUCCCUGUGUUCCUACUCUGAGUCAGAUGGAGAGGAAGCGAGUGAUGAAGACGUGGAGAACAGAACAAAAAAUGCAACAGCUCAGAUGCACUUAACCCAGGCGGUCGUUCUGGAAAACAUCGCACACCGCCCCUUGCUCCGCCCUCCUCGCUGUCUGAGACGAAACUCCUCCCACCUCCUUCCAGCAGACUCUGUGUUUCGGAGCAGUGAAUCAGGUUACGGAGUAUUUGGUCGAUAUAAUCGACGAAGGUCAGGUCAAGGUCACUGUGCUUUAAUUAAUCCAAUCCAGACUUCCACGACCAGCCCCAGUCUGAGCUCUGAGCCUGACACAGAUGUGGCCUCAACUGGGUCUACGAUCCAUAAAAGCUUUUCAUCACCACUGGGGGGACCAGAGGGAAGCAUGUACUAUGAUCCUUAUCUGGAAACAUGGGAGAACUUCCUGUCGAAAGCGAUAGCUAAGUCUGGCCUGAACGAUCUGCCCAGUCAGCCCAGUACAUCAUCUCUGACCAGGACUGACCCAGAAGCAAACAUCUGCAGUACUGUGGAUUGGACUGAGGCAGCUGUGUAUGGAGAUCAUAUCUGGUUUGAGACCAAUGUGUCUGGAGACUACUGCUAUGUGGGAGAACAACACUGUAUUGCCAGAGCGCUGCAAAGGUCUGCCAGUCGAAGGAAGUGUGCUGCCUGUAAGAUAGUUGCCCACACCAUGUGCAUAGAACAACUGGAAAAGUUUCCCAGCUCUAGAGCCAUUCUGUUGGAUUCCACCCUGCCACUCAGUGACCCCAACUUUAGAAUUAACUUCAGGUGUAAACCAUCGUUCAGAGAAUCAGCCUCUAGGAACAUUCGAGAGCCCAUUGUGGCACGUCAUCACUGGGUGCAUCGGAGACGGCAAGAAGGCAAAUGUAAACAAUGUGGGAAGGGUUUCCAGCAGAAGUUUUCUUUCCACAGUAAAGAGAUUGUGGCCAUCAGCUGCUCCUGGUGCAAACAGGCUUAUCACAACAAGGUGUCCUGCUUCAUGCUGCAGCAAAUUGAGGAGGCUUGUCCAAUUGGCGCUCACGCUGCCCUUAUAGUUCCACCCACAUGGAUCAUUCGGGUUCGACGCCAUCAGUCGUCAAUGAAGUCGAGUAAGAAGAAGAAGAGAACAUCGUUCAAGAGGAAAAGCAGCAAGAAAGGAGUAGAGGAAGGACGACAGUGGAAGCCAUUUAUAAUCCGACCCAUCCCUUCACCACUGAUGAAACCACUGCUGGUGUUUGUCAAUCCCAAGAGUGGAGGAAACCAGGGCACUAAGAUCCUGCAGUCCUUCAUGUGGUAUCUGAACCCCAGACAGGUGUUUGACCUGAACCAAGGAGGACCAAAGGAAGGCCUGGAGCUGUAUCGUAAAGUCCACAACCUGAGGAUCCUGGCCUGUGGGGGGGACGGCACUGUGGGCUGGAUCCUGUCUUGUCUUGAUGAACUGGCAUUAAACCCUCACCCUCCUGUUGCUGUGUUACCACUUGGAACAGGAAAUGAUCUCGCCAGGACCCUCAACUGGGGAGGGGGCUACACAGACGAACCUCUGUCUAAGAUCCUGUCCCAUGUGGAGGAUGGAGCGGUUGUCCAGCUAGACAGAUGGAAUCUACAGGUUGAACCAAACCAAAGCGCAGUGGCUGAAGCGGAAGAACAAAUAACUGAUAAGCUUCCUCUAGAUGUUUUCAACAAUUACUUCAGUCUUGGAUUUGAUGCCCAUGUGACUCUGGAGUUCCACGAGUCAAGAGAGGCCAACCCAGAGAAGUUCAACAGUCGUUUCAGGAAUAAGAUGUUCUAUGCUGGGACAGCAUUCUCCGAUUUCCUGAUGCGAAGCUCCAAAGACCUGUCUAAGCACAUCAAAGUGGUGUGCGACGGGACAGAUAUAACAUCCAAGGUCCAGGACUUGAAGCUGCAGUGUCUGGUCUUCCUCAACAUCCCCAGGUACUGUGCAGGCACUACACCUUGGGGAAACCCCAGUGAGCAUCGCGACUUUGAACCUCAACGCCACGAUGAUGGAUACAUCGAGGUCAUUGGAUUCACUAUGACUUCACUGGCUACUCUGCAGGUUGGAGGUCAUGGCGAAAGGUUGAACCAGUGCAGAGAAGUCACCCUCACCACUACGAAACCUCUUCCUGUACAGGUGGAUGGUGAACCAUGCAGACUUGCUCCCUCUGUCAUCCGCAUCAGCCUCAGAAACCAGGCAAACAUGGUUCAGAAAACCAAACGACGGACCUCGAUACCACACCUCAAUGAUCAGCAGCCAGUGCCAGACAAGCUGAGGAUCAGGGUCAACAGGAUCAGUAUGGCUGACUAUGAGGCUCUGCACUAUGACAAAGAGAAACUACGACAAGCAUCCAUUCCUAUGGGACUGAUCGUGGUUCACGGUGACAGCGACUUAGAAACCUGCAGAGAACACAUCCAGCGUUUGCAGGAGGAGGAGGCAGCCAAGCCGCAGAUUCUUUCCUCGCAGAGAUUAUCUCCAAAGUGGUGUUUCCUUGACUCCACAACAGCAGAUCGUUUCUACAGGAUAGACAGAGCACAGGAACAUCUCAACUACGUAUCAGAAAUCUCCCAGGAAGAGAUCUUCAUCCUGGACCCUGAACUGGUUAUUAUGACGACAGUAGGCACCUCCUCCUCAGACAUGCCUGACCUGGUUAACCCUGCAUCCAGCCUGGAAGACAGCAGUGAUUUUUCCCAGAGGCAGCGAGUGAACAGUGACAGCUCUGCUGCUGACGCGUUAACACACACACCUGUGGCCAGCAAACUCAGCAGGGCGGGUUGCAUCCAUCGUUCCAACACCACUGCGGCUGAUUUUAAACCAAGACUGAGACAGGAAAAGGAGAGAGAAAAAGAGAUGUUGAUCGAGUGUGUGAAGAACAAGGAUUUGAAGAAGGUGCAGGAGCUGCACCUGAAGGGAGCAGACCUCACAACGCUGGACUCAUCAGGCUGCAGUUUACUGCACCAUGCUGUCAGUGCGGGAAGCAAAGAGAUGGUCCGCUACAUCCUGGACAGUGCUCCAAGUGACCUGCUUGAUGUCACAGAAAAGCUACAUGGGGAGACGGCCCUUCAUCGAGCUGCAUCUCUGUGUCAGAGGACCAUAUGUCAUUAUCUGGUAGAAGCAGGAGCCUCGCUGAUGAAAACAGACCUACAGGGUGAAACUCCUAAGAACAGGGCGGAGAAGGCUAAUGAUUCUGAACUGGCGGCGUAUCUGGAGAACAGACAGCAUUACCAGAUGAUACAGAGAGAGGACCAGGAAACAGCUGUUUGAAAGGGUUCAACUCUUUAUGAACAGGAUGUGGAUGAAGAAACUGCUGUCUUCUUCCUUAUCUUCAUUAGAGUGACAGUAGCUCAUUUAGGGCCGUGUGAUAGGAGGACUGGUUCGCAGAUUCCAGUUUGCUGCUGACCUUCCUUGAAAGCUCAGAGUGCAGACUAAGAGUGAAGCUUUGCCACAGCUGAUCUCAAGAUGCAUUAAAUAAUGAUUAUGGCUGUGAUUACAAUGAUGGUUACACUGAGGGUUGAAGCUUUUGUUAAUGAGGUGAAGAUAUACAGUGAGAUUAAAAGAGAUCCAUGAAGUCAUUCCUUUUCAUUUUGAGUAGCUCAAAAAUAAAAAAUGUUCUGAGGCCAAGACAAUAGAAAUCACUUUGGGGUUAUCAGGAUGUUGUUACUGACUUUGAAUAGCAUUCAUCAAAACGCUUUCGUAUCAAACUAUUUCAAAAGGACUCAUUUGGCACUAAAAGCGAUCAUUUAUCAUAAAUUAGUGAUAAUGUAAUGUUUUCCGGGGUCAGAUUGUCUUAGUAUCAGAAUGUUGUUGUUGAAGAAUCUCAGGACAUUUAUUUUAUAAAAAUCAAAGACUAAAACUGUAAAGCCAAGUUAGAGUAGUUUUAUUUAGAUGCUGCAAUGUGCAUUACACGCCUUAUCAAAAUGUAAGAACUGAAGGGGUACGAUGAAUUAUGAAAAUAUCUCGUGUGUGCAGUGUUGACAUUUUGGACUGAAGAUGGCACUAGAUGAACGGGGGAACCCCUGGAGAGAAAAACGGUCUCUCCCAAGAAAAAAAGAAGCAAAUGGUCAAGGGAUCAAAACCAUUAGGAGACCUCCUCUUGGGACCAUGAAUAUCUUUAGCUAAUUUAAUGUAAAUCAGACCAUUAGCUUAUAAUUUGCACUGCACCAAAGGUUGAAAAUGUAUGACAGAAUGGUGUUAAGGUCAGUGGAUCUUGAAGUAUUGAUGAAUGGCAGUAUCAGGUUUCAUGGCAAUCUAGUAGAUAUCAAGAGAUCUUUUUUGGAUAGUGUUGGACAGACCUAACUAUGCUACUACUCCAUCCAUGAGUCCUGAAUAGUUACUGCCCUGUUUGUUGGAGUGAAGCUCUGUGAUUAUUUCACAGACCAUAAAUGCCAUCUUAAGUUAUGUUGUGAACCUGCUUUACUCUAAAAUGUUUUGAUAGGUCUUACCUCACCCAAAUGACUUUAUCAAUAUAUUGUAUUUUCCCGAUUUAUAUCAACAUAUUCUAGAUUUUAUGAAUAUUUAUGUUUGCAAAAUAAUCCAAAAGUGGGAAUUUUCUGGUGCCUGUACUAGGAUUGAAUGUCUUAAGUGAAUUUCUGGACUGAGAUUACUCCUCAGUCCAUUUUAAGCAUCCAUCAUGUUUCAAUCAAAUUAGAUCAUGAUACACGCAGUGUACUUACACCCAAGAAAACAAAUGUUCAUAUUUUCAGGUUGUUUAAGUCAAGAAAAAAUAAGUCUCAAGUUAUGUCUGAUUAUUAUAUUUAGUUGUGCCAAAUUUGAAAGUUUGUUUACAUUUAGAGAUAUCAAGCAUGCAAAUAAUUAUAGAGCUAAAUAGCAACAACCUAAAUCCCACAUUUUCUCUCCACUCACUGACUGUUUUGAAACUGUAAUGUGAACUGUGUUGAGUUCAACAUCAACGCUGAGCUAUAAGGGACAUUUAGAUUUUAGGGGCACUUACAGACAGUCACGUGCAUUUGUUAGGAUUACAUUACUUAGCAAAAACUAGCAAGUCGACAACUUUGCUAACACCGGGAAACAUCAAGCAAGUGCGACAACACAAGACACAGCAAGCCAGCUAAUAAGUUAUGUCUUACUCAUCCAACAGCAAGGACACCAGCUCGGCAUCUGUUCUGCGUCCUCUCAGCUCUUUUAUCACUCAGAGUAAAAGCCAGUCCGAUAUUUACUCUGGUCCGGUGUCAUGCUCGUUCACUUUUUCUCUUCCUCGCUUCCUCCGACGUCGUCUUUGGUCUCCUCACACCCUCUGCCAUGAUGUCCAUACUGAGAAUACCGAGCUAUCUUCUUCCAAAGAACAUACAUUGUACAUACUUUUUGCUUCUUCUUAUAGCUCACUUGCUGAAGAGUCGGGUUGGUGCAUUAAAGUAUUACGACACAGUCGAGAAGGGUUUCGUGCACGGGAUUCCAAUGCUACAUAGUAGCACUAACUGGCGCCCUGGCCCAAAGUGACAAAGACAGAGACACCAUUCAUCCUAUUACAAGUCAGUGUAAAAAGUGUUGCUUUAAAGUCAAACCUCCCUUUUAAUAUCUGUCAUCAUUUAUUCCUUUGAAAUUGAAUGUGGAAUUUAAAAAAAAAAGACACAACCUCCAAUCCAGAUGUAAAAAAAAGUGUAGCCCUAAUAGUCAGACUAACAUUAGACAAUGACUGCAUUUAAAUAGACACAGGUGUGUUUAUACCUGUAAACAUCACACACUUUCAGACACCAGGGUAAAUUAUGAUCUUUACUGUAAUGCCCAGCAGGAAACCAGUCACCACUCAUUACAUGACCAUGGUUUUUUGUAAAGCUGUUUCACACACAACCCCACACAAAGCUUACUGUAGUAUAGCUACAUGUGAUUUUGUAAGUCUUCUGCAGCUUUGCCUCAGUCUUUAAUUAAGGUUUUGCCGUCUUUCUGCUAAUAAUCGCAGGUCUGAAAUUGACUUGCUGGAGAUACAUAUUUCAGAAAUGUCUUUCAUCUCGCCCAUUGUCUCCUGGGAUUGGCUCCAGCCCGUGAUCUUCCAAGGAUAACUGGGUAUAACAAAUGGAUAGAUGGGUAGAUGGAUGUUUUUUCAUUUGCAUUGCCACACGACUGGCAGACAAUUUUUGAUGACAUAACUGAUUUACACAAGUUUUGUGUAGAGCUGUGAAAAUAACCAUCUCAUCACUAAACAAGGGAUCUAGUUCAUUUCCAGUGCAAAUGUUUUGUCCUGCGGGGCAACAAGAAUACACAGAGAUUUGAACUAGGAGGACCUUGAACCAGCUGGACCUUCAGACCUUUGCUCUGUAUUUGGACUCCUAGAUUUUGCAAACUGAAGAUUUGCAAAUGAUGAAAGGCACUGUGCAGCAAGUGAACUAACCUCCAACCUAUUUCAAUCAUAGUUGAAGAAAAAAAAAUGUUUCUGUGCACCAGGAUUUUUGAGGGUUUAUUAUUUUUAAACUAAACUAACUAAACUUUGUACAGUAAAUUAUUGGAAUACUCUCAGACUUUGAAUCAGCAAAGCGGCUGCUGAAAUAAUUGGCAAACCAAAAACACGAGCCUCAAACUAGCCUCACUGAUUUUUAGAUUUUAUUUUGCCUGUGAAUUUUAGCAUUUGGGAUGUGUUGGUGUCUUCAGAUUAGCUUUGCAUUGACAAACCUGUGUGUACUGCAUCGCAAGGGUGUAUAGCAGGUUAGAUCUUUUUUUUAAUUACAUCUGUGGCCAAUCUAGGCUUUACUCUCUCAUGUGUUAAUUUCUUUUAUCUGUCUUUCUACUUCUGCAUUUGUUUUGAAGUUCUUUGAUAUUUGUACAAUUUGUUUUUGAGAUAAAUGUGAAGAUAAUAAAGCAGUAAAUCUGAGAAUGA